GCAGAUGACAAAUAUGAAUUCUCAGAGCACCAGAUUCAGAAUUUGGUGAAGAAUUACUCUCAGUUUGUUUCCUUCCCCAUCUAUACAUGGCAAGAAAAAUCACGAACUGUGGAGGUGGAAGAAGAGGAAGAACCAAAAGAAGGGGAAGAACCUCAACCUGAGGCUGAGAAAAAGAAGGUAAAGAAGACUAAAACUGAGAAGUAUUGGGACUGGGAAUUAACCAAUGAAACAAAGCCACUGUGGAUGCGGAAUCCAAAGGAUCUUCAAAAGGAUGAGUAUCAUGAAUUCUACAAGAAGACUUUCAAUGAGUUUGUAGAACCACUUGCAUAUACUCACUUCACUACUGAGGGUGAGGUUGAGUUUAGAAGUAUUCUCUAUGUGCCGGGUAUGGGCCCUAACAAUGAAGAAGUAAUAAAUCCUAAAACAAAGAAUAUACGCCUGUAUGUGAAGCGUGUGUUUAUAUCAGAUGAUUUUGAUGGUGAGCUGUUUCCACGGUACUUGAGCUUUGUAAAAGGUGUGUUAGAUUCAGAUGACCUUCCUCUUAAUGUUUCCCGAGAAAUCCUCCAAGAAAGCAGAAUUGUAAGAAUAAUGAGAAAAAGACUCGUUAGGAAGACAUUUGACAUGAUUCAAGAUAUCGCUGAUGGCGAAAACAAAGAGGACUACAAGAAAUUUUGGGAGAACUUUGGUAGAUUCCUCAAGUUAGGAUGUGUUGAAGACUCUGGAAAUCAUAAGCGCAUAACACCACUGUUGCGAUUUUACACUUCGAAAAGUGAGGAGGAGCUGAAAAGCUUAGAUGAUUAUGUUGAAAACAUGGGUGAAAACCAGAAGGCUAUCUAUUACCUGGCAACAGACAGCUUGAAAAGUGCCAAGACUGCUCCGUUUCUGGAGAAAUUAGUACAGAAAGAUAUUGAGGUUCUUUAUUUGAUUGAACCGAUUGAUGAGGUUGCCAUUCAGAACCUUCAGACAUACAAGGAAAAGAAAUUUGUUGAUAUCAGCAAGGAAGAUCUAGAACUGGGUGAUGAGGAUGAGGUGAAAGAGAGGGAAACAAAGCAAGAAUACAAUCUGCUUUGUGAUUGGAUAAAACAACAGCUUGGUGAUAAGGUGGCAAAAGUUCAGGUCUCGAAGCGUUUGAGUUCAUCUCCCUGUGUGCUUGUAUCUGGCAAGUUCGGAUGGUCUGCAAAUAUGGAGAGAUUGAUGAAGGCACAAGCUCUUGGAGACACUGCUAGUUUGGAGUUCAUGAGGGGCAGGAGAAUAUUGGAGGUUAAUCCAGAUCAUCCCAUUAUCAAAGACUUGAAUGCUGCCUGCAGGAAUGCACCUGACAGCAGUGAUGCCAAGAGAGCCGUUGACCUCUUAUAUGACACUGCAUUGAUCUCCAGUGGAUUUUCGCCUGACAGCCCAGCUGAGUUGGGAAAUAAGAUUUAUGAAAUGAUGGCGCUGGCCUUGGGAGGAAGAUGGGGUAGAUCAGAUGAGGAGACAGGGACAGAAGCAUCUGUUGAAGCUGAUGUGAGCACAGGCGAAUCGGUAGAGGCUGAAGUUGUCGAGCCUUUUGAAGUGAGACAUGAGAAUGAGAAUGAUCCUUGGACAACCGAUUAGGUGCAUCAACAAAUUUUUGGCUGGAGUAUUGUUUGAGGAAAUCAAUAAUAAUGGACAAGUUAAAACCAAAAAAAAAAAAGACUGGGAUAGUGUGCUUACAGAUUUUUGUUCCCGGGAAUUGUAAAUUCCGUCAAGGAAUAUAUGCGAUAUGGCUUUUUCCGAGAGUCUCUUGUUGAUGCACUUUUGUUACCUUGAUUGGACCAAAGUAAGCAAUAUACAGGUCAUAGAAGGUUCUCUA